GCACUCCAGAAUACUAACCAACCAUUUUGCCAUUAUGGGACAGAAGCCUACCAUACAUACAACAAUUAGAAGGAAAACGUAUAUUCCAGAUGACAGACUGAUAAACUGGACUUGGCGUGUUGCUCUUCCAAUGACCAGAGAUGAUGUGAUAAAGAAUAUCAGAGGAAACCAAGUGAUUUUUCAAGAUUGCUUUAUUGCAGAUUUUACUUUUCUGCUGACUUAUCCCGUUUGGCUCCUACCCGAGAUUCCUGAGUUUGUACCCAUCUCUUCACCAACUGGAAGUCAGUUAAUGUUGUCCUGGGAUGCUUGCUUUCCUUCGUUAGCUGUUGUGGUGGCUGAUAUGGAGACCUUUAAAACAAAUGAUUCAUUCAACACUUGGACCAGAGUCAGGAUAUCUCCAAACAGCCUGAACGAUUCUGAAAGGCACAAUGUGUCUGCCGUGCUCCUGUUGCGUGAUGAUAUAUAUUUUCUAAUAAAUGGUGUUCUGUACCUAUAUGAUAACAAAAAAUUGACCAAACUGGGAAGACAGCAACAUCUUCCAGAGGGUGAAAUUAUUGGUAUUACAUCAAGAAGAUGGUGUUGGAUCAAAUAUAUAAGUAAGAAUCUAAGCCAAAUCAGCAACUUUGCAAUCUGGACAAAAAAUGAAAUUUACUUUGGAUAUCCUGAAAAUAAAUUUGUCAGACUGAUAACUACUACAGAACUGAAAACACUUCUAAAUCUUCCGCCAGCUGGUACCUUGACAAUCCACAAUAUCGACUACACAGGACACCCUCUGGAAUUGGCCGUGCUGUUAAAUUACUGCAUCACGUGUGCUAACACCAAAAAGAUUUACAUAGUGAUAUAUAAUGAAGACUCCAUGCAGUGGGUGCCUCAAGACUUUCUGUUACAAGUCCCCAUUGACAAUUUUUUAGUUCCACGUUUUCUGUUGUCAGGAAUGCCAGAAUUAAUACUAUGGGAUAAACAUCAGAUACACUACUCUUAUCAAAACUUCACUACUACUGGAGUUCUACAAACAUCUGCAGGACAUGGAAAUCUGUCAGCAAUUUCAAAUGACAGCAUUAUUCAUGACAUUUAUGUAGAUUCUCAGGGGAAUAUUGUGACAAAAAUGGAAAAUAAUAUAAUGUUUUAUUCCAAGAGUAAUACUGAAGAUGCACUAAAGCUCCAUUUAUGGACAAGCGCCACAAUCAAAUCAUCGUUUUGUGUUAGUGCAUCUGCUCAAGUUUAUCUUGUAUAUGUUUUUGACAAUGGGACAAUACAACCACAGGAAUAUCCCUUACUUCUAGAAUUGCAAAGUGUAGCUUUCAAAGUGAAAGAAAAGUGCCCAUACAUGAUAUUUCAUGAUAAUAUUUCAGAUUCUUUUUACUUUCUGGACAAAGGAGAGACCCUGAGAGCUUGGGCUGAAAUAAUCUAUCCAGAAAAUACUGGUCUAGAUAUUAUUGUGAAAGUCUAUGGUCCACAAAUAUUAAAAUACAAAGAAUCCUCGCACUAUGAAAUUGCCUUGGGAUACUGCACUAACACGCUGUCAAUGAUUUUUUAUUCACGUGUCAAUUAUGCAGGAGUAGAGGACUACUUCAGCUUUCAAUACAAGAACAUGGGUAAUGUAUUUGUGCAACUUCGGCCCAGUCAGCAUGAGAAUGUAUGUCCAGUGACCCAGAAGGUAUUUCAAAUUGGUGUUGGCUGCGACCCUCAAAAGUUUAUUGCAGUUAAAGGAUUUAGUAAAACAGCAUGUGUUCACCACGAAUUUUUUUACGAGAUUGACAAGUUAUAUUUGAGACAUCGACCACCUCAAAACCUGAAAGUAAGGUAUGACUGGGAAAAAUAUGGCUGCCCACUGAGACUUAAUGGCCAUGAAAGGUUUCAACCUUUGCUCCAACUAUUUGAUGACAGUGGCUAUAUUGAAGACGUUGCUGUAGAUUUCAUAGUGUGGGAAAUAUAUGGCAGGAACGAUUACAGUUACAAUAAUAGCAUGAAGCAGAGUGGGUGUUUAAAUGAAGCCCAGACGUGGAAGACCAUGAUCCAGCUCCAUAAGGACCUCCCACUGGAAAACGUCUGGGGGCCGGAGAACUAUAGGCCCUGUUUUUCGUAUGCUAUUGGAAAACCAGGAGACUUAAAUCAACCAUAUGAGAUUAUCAACAUUUCUAAUUAUAACCAUAUAUUUUGGCCCUUGCACCACUCUGGAAUGUAUGUGUUUCGGGUGAAGAUCCUGGACCCAAACUACAGUUUCUGUAACCUAACAGCUAUAUUUGCUAUAGAGAUCUCUGGAGUGAUUCCCAGACCAAGCAGCUACCUGGUCUCUGCUAUCGUCUUCGUCAUGCUGCUGCUGUUCAUCAGCAUUCUGGUUUUGAGCUACUUCCAGUAUAUGAAGCUGUAUAAGAAAAAUAUUUAUAAACCAUAUCAUACAAUUAAAAGAAAACAAAAGAAAUAUUAGGCAUAUAUGUAUGUCAUAUUGAGUAUGAAUGCUAAUUAUAAGCUCAUACUAUUAUCAAAUCCAAGAUUUCAAAAGCAUUCUUAAAUUGCUUCCAAAUAGAAACAGUUUCAUUAUUGCUGUUAAAUUGAUCCCUAAUGUGUUUGUAUGUUCAUUUUAAAGAUAGAUAUUCUAUGUGCUCAUAUAACAUUUUAAAGAAUAAACUAAGUUUGGUUAUUUUAAUCCUCCCUAAAAAACUUGAAAACAAGCCGGGCGUGGUGGCUCAUGCCUGUAAUCCCAGCACUCAGGAGGCUGAGGUGGGAGGAUCGUUGUGAGUUCAAGACCAGUCAGGGCUACAAAGUGAGCUCAAGGCCAGCCUGAACUGCACAGCGAGACCCCAUCUCAAAAAACAAAAGACAAAAAAAAAAAAAUUGAAAACAUAUAGAUGUCAAACACUAUUCUGUAUAAAACCGUUUAUAUGAAACAUUAUAUAUGGCUAUAGUUACUGUGCAUAUAAAGGAUCUAAUAAAAAGUAC